AUGACCAGCUAUUCUGUUGCGAUAGCCCCAUCUUGCUGUGACAAUAUGGCACAUCUCAACGAUGCGACUUCCAUGUGAGUGAAGUCUGGUUCAUUUGGAUUAAAAAAAAAACAGGCGCACGUAGCAAACGUAGAAGGAUGAAAAGUGCCUGGUCGGCCACUGUGGUCGACAUCAUCUCAGGUCCUAUUGGCCUUAUCUUGCCAGUCGAUUAUUGUGGAUGUAGGAGGAGAUGGGGCGGGGUCGCUGUUUAACAAGUUUUCCUCAGCAUAAACUAAGUCAACGGCGAACCCUGAUGCCACUCCAGUUGGUCUCUAUCAGCAAUAGCAGAUGCAUUAUAAUAUAACUGUAGGAUAUAUUUCGUCAGUAAUUAAAAGGGCAGCAGCAAGACUUGUUGAAGUAAGAAGAAGUUAGAGUUGAUUCUUGCUACUUAGAAUUGAAAUAUUGAGGUUGACCGGGUCUAGGAAUUGACUGAGUGCCACCUCCUGGGUUGACAAGACGUACUGGAUGUCUCGUAACUCCAUCCUUGAUUUCUUUCAUUUCCGCAUGCCCUUUUAAGCGACGCUCCGACCGCUGUGACCCACCACCUGAACUUACACCGAAGUCAGCGAGACGAGUCGCAGCUCCGACAACGCGUCCUCAUGGAAGCCGUCACCAUAGUCUCCGGUUGGAUGUACGAAGAGCCCUGCUUCAUUGAUCCUUCUGUCUACGGUGAGGGUAACGCGCGUCAUAUUGAUGAGGUGCGGCAGCGCUUGCGAGCUUUUCGGGCCGGUAUUAGCAGUUCCGUCAUGGAGCAACUGGCAGCUGCCGCCCGUCGUUGUGAGGGAACGCUCAUGCCACCAGCUUUACCUUCUGCUGAUGCUGCCGCUGCCGCCGCCGCCGCAACCGCCUUGGUCCACGCUCCUUCCAAAGAAGAACCGAGCACGCCCUCGAUGCUGGCAGUGGCGACUCUUACGUCAUCUGGCCGGCAAGCGAAGGCUUGCAGUACCCUUUAUCUACCUCCCUCAGGAUCCGCCUAUGUGCGCACACCAAACGAGUCAAUUUAUGCGGGCGACGUGACAAGCAAACUCAGUGAAAAGGCUUGCACACCGCAUGGCUCCCGAGUAAGCAGUGGGUUGCUAAAUUUUGCGAAAGAGGAAUUUAGAACAGUCACAAUCGCAGUUAACCAUAUCUGGGUACGCAGGCAUAACUAAGAUGCUCCUAAAUGAUCCAACAUUGAACGAAAUCAGAUGAUGAGGGUGUUUUCGCUGGAACAUGAAGUUUACUGGCCUGACGUUACCGAUUCUCACUCAGACCCAUCACCACAGACUGCAUGAGGGAUAGACGCAAAGCGUGGUCCCGCGCGGAUUUAUACACAAAUUCUUUCCAUUCACAGUCUCAGUCCGGAUUUCCACCGAAGAGUUCCAAACAGCUACGGCAAAGUCUCUGGCAAAAAAAUUAUCGCCCGCUCGAAAACACAUUUGCUCGUUCAAAAUAUUCCAAAUUAUGGCCUAUAACAGCGCUGGGGACGAUAAUUUUGCGUAAAACAUCCAAUUUUUAUGUAAAAACAAAGCUCACAUUUCGGGAAAAGGGCUUACUUCAUGCCAGAGGUCUUUAGGGAACUACCCCUCCGCUAGGCCUUAUUAUUUAAAAGAGCGACGUAUUCCAGUUCGGAACAGAAUUCGCCAGGUAUAAACAUUCUCAGAGGCCUCCUUGAAUACGCAUUUAGUCUGAUAUCUCCCCAAUGCCAGAUGACUGAUGGUCUCGGACAAUGGACUGGUGCUCGAGGUGGGAAUGAGAGGGUGAUGUCGACAUCGAGGAAUCCAUCCUCGCGGCACUUCGGCGAACUCCCCACUAAAGCAAAUCUGACGUGUUUUUGGUACCAUCACGAUGCGUUAAAUUCAUGGCUUCGAAGGCUGCCAACUGCCUGGGUAACUCGGCCCUCGUGGUCAGUACUGGGUAUGUAUGUGAGGUAGUUGGUUCGAGGACUGGGAAUCAGGCCCAGUGGCUCCCUUUUAAUAUGGGCCCCAUGGCACUCAGGAACGAGAGAUCCGAGCCAGCUCCCUGGCUGGUAUAUUGUGCGGGUGCAGGUCGUGUGUGGUACGCGUUGAUAGGUUCGUUAGUGUUGUCAUGCACUGCGUCCAAGCCCACUUCCGGUCGUCCUACCGUCGAUCUUUUCAUUUGUCUCAUUGGAUUUCCAAAAUGCACUUUAUGUACUCCUUCUCAGAAUGUAUCUCCCCGUGACCCAGUGCUCGUAAAAUAAUGCAGCGUUACUGAGACUACGGACGCCAGAUGAUAAUGCCGAUGGCCUAAAUAGCACCGUAAUUACACUUAUUGUUCCCUCAGGUGAGGCAUUUAAAAGACGCAAUUACCAUAAGUAUGAGAACGACUUCUUGUGCACUUCUCCUGGGAAGUAUGAUUGUUUACAUAAAGGCGGCAAAAAUCAAUAAAAACAUUCGCAGCACCCAAUGCGUUUCGUGACGCACACAGGCGUUCGUGUGGAUUUGUCAGCGGAACAUCUUGGAUGAAUUGGUGUGAUUUUACAAGUCCACUCAAAAAACUACCGUAUAUAAAAGUACACAUAAUCUCAGCUAGUACUUCGUGAGUUUUAGCUCCUAAUAUAGGUUUCCACACAAUUACUAUAAGAAAUGAACUUUAAUCCUUUCAGAAUACGACAGAAAUAAUAUAUUCCAUUAUCCAAAUUCCUACUAACAAAUGCUACAAAUCUGCGUAAAAUGGCUAUUGAGGAACACGAAUUUUAGGGUAUGACUUUGGUGUGUCCACAAGUUUUUUUUCAUUAAGGCGGCCUUAGCUGAUCUUAUGAAUAGACCCUUAGACCCGAACGGCUAAUAAAACCUGCUCCCUGGAUUAUAUUAUUCACAGCAUGGGUACGCUGGCCAGGUUCUGGAUAAUCGAGAACGUUUCGGUAAAACCGACAUCUCUAAAGCGUCCUGCAAGUUUUCGGCGCCAUCAGCCUGCACGCACCUCCUAAGUCCAGCCGUGGGUUUGAGACGCACAGUUGUCUACUUUACUAACGAGCAUCUUCGCCACGUAUCGCCCGCCAUGCAGCGUCUGAUUGAGGCCUUUUCACCGGGCCCUAAAGACCUCUGGCUACCUACCCGUGUGGGGUCUAUUGACAGAAAAGAUUGCGGACCAGUUAGCAGAGCUCCUCCGCGGAAUCAGGUCGUCAGGAGGCACGAGUGCUUCGACGGCGGCGGCGGGGAUCAUAAUUCACACAGUCAUCACUGUCGACACAGCACCCACCAUCACCCCUGUCCCCUGCUGCCCAGUGGGUCGGCGGAACGGGUCUGCGCCCACCACGAUGACGGCUAUAAAGCCCCUGUUUUCAACGUUGACUUGGACAACAGCCUGCGAAACUGUCAUGGGGAGCUCGUUCGUUCUCCUCGAGCGCCGUCGCCCGCGCCUAGGGACAGAGAGAGCCCAGGGGGUGUGUCUGCCCUCUCGGCUGCCCGGCAUCCAAUUUGGGACACUCCGGAUGUCUUAAAAACUUCCACCAAGUACCUGUCGUUGGACCUCUGA